AUGUAUAUGGAUGAUAUCAAGCUCUAUGCAGGUACUGAAAAUCAACUGAAGGAAAUGCUGGGUCUGGUUAGAACCUUUUCUGCUGAUAUCUGCAUGGCAUUUGGUCUGGAGAAGUGUAAGACACUCAGUGUUGUGAGAGGUCAAGUCGUGGCACAAAUGGUUGAUGAGGACCUGGAGAGUGCUUUUGCAGCGAUGGGGCCAAGUGAUGUCUACAAGUACUUGGGCUUUUGCCAGGCUAGACAAAUAGACCAGAAGAAUGUCAAGCGGAAAAUGAAAGAUACAUACCUGACCAGACUGAGGAGACUUUUGAAGACUCAGCUAAAUGGCAAUAAUAUGUUCAAGGCCAUCAACACUUAUGCAAUACCUGUGCUGACUUACUCAUUCGGUGUUGUUUGUUGGACUGCAACUGAUUUGGAAGAUCUUAUGAGAUCAACAAGAGUGCUCCUCACUAAGUUCAGAGCUCAUCACCCCAAGGCCUGUAUGGAGAGGCUCAUAUUGCCAAGAAAGAAAGGCGGGCGCGGGCUCAUUGAUAUAAAAUGGGCUUGUGAGAGACAAAUCGGAAGCAUGAAGACAUACUUCAUGGAGAAGGAGGGUGGCUUGUAUGCAGUGGUGAGAAAAGCUGAUAAAGGGUACACUCCACUUAAUCUUUCUGAGCUGCCUACUGCGGACUUUAAAACCAACAGACAGCAUGAGAGUGAGAUCCUGGAGCAAUGGAAGUCGAAGCAGCUUCAUGGAAGACAUGCAUUUGCCUUAUCUCAGCCUGGAGUUGAUGAGGAGGCUUCCAAUGCAUGGCUUUGGCACAGGGACCUGUUUAUUGAAACGGAAGGAUUCUUGGUGGCAAUACAGGAUCAAGUAAUCGCAACAAAAAAUUAUCAAAGGCAUAUAAUGAAGCUGCCUAUAAAUGAUGAUUCAUGCAGACGUUGUGGCUUGGCAUCUGAGACUAUUCAGCACAUCAUGUCUGCAUGUCAAUCACUGGCAGCUACUGACUAUUUAAAGCGCCACAAUGCAGUAGCUGGGAUCUUGCAUCAGGACCUUGCUCUGAAGUACCAAAUCAUCAAUAAGAAGCUGCCCUACUACUUGUACAAGCCAUCCCCAGUCUUGGAGAAUGAGACACAUAAGUUAUAUUGGGAUCGGUCGGUGCUGACAGACAGAACAGUUGCUCAUAAUAGGCCAGAUAUCAUCCUCAUGGAUAAGGUAGCCAAGGAAACAACACUAAUAGAUGUUGGCAUACCAUGCUGCCACAACUUGGACCAGUAUUAUAAUGAAAAGGUCUCCAAGUACCUUCCCUUGGUUGCUGAGAUCAAGGAUGUCUGGAUGCAAGAAAAGGUCACAAUUGUUCCUGUCAUUAUCUCCACGGUUGGAGUUGUAACUAGAAAAGUGUCAGCAAAUCUUUGUCAGAUGGGAAUAUCGAAAAGUGCAAAAUAUGCCAUGGAAAAAGCAGUUGUUCUCAGCACAGCAUCCAUUGUUUGUCCAACCAGUGAUUGGUGGGUGAUGGUGGGCUCCAAAGAGCCGCGUAGUGAGGAACAACAUUCGAAUUGUCAUCAAACGGAACGGUAUAGUCGGAGCAAAUUUGCAACAACUGUUCCAGCUUUCCCGAGUCAAACGCCGUUGGCAGGCAAGCCCGGUCAUCUGUAUGAGCUGGCCGGACGACAAACACCGCACCGAGCUCCACACUCGCAUGCACGCCCACGGCCCAGCAGCUGA